AAAAUACAGUGUACAUUUGUAAUUGCCAAUGUUUUAAUGUUCGUUUAAAAUGAAUCUAUGUUAUCCAUCUUAAUAUCGGCUAUCGAAAAAUGUUAAAGUGCACAAAUUUUUGAUGGUGUGUACACACUGACGCUGUGCGUUUGCCAUUGCGUACCCGUUCGCAGUUGUGUACAAUUCGAAAUUCGAAAGCUAUGUGGAACAAUGUCAAGCAAUAAUAGUACGAAUCGUAAACAACAUAAUGAUAGAAAAUUACAGCAUACCUCGCGCAUUACGCCCAAAAUAAGAGAAUAUCUGGCGGAGCUAGCCAAGGACCGGGAAUCGAUGCUGGAACGCUUCAUGGCGUUCUCAUCAACCACUUCACCAGCGAGCAGCAACGUCAGCGUCGGCGCGCCCAGUAACCAAUGCCGCAGCCGCAGUCGUAGCAGCAGCAUGGGGGUUGCAACAACAGCUGCCUGCGCAGCUGCCUUGGCCAGCAUUCGAAAGCGAAAGGAAUGCGGCUCCUCAGCUGAACAAGUCAAACAGAUACCCAUUGCCAUGGAGACCAUCGCAUCAUGUGGAAAACGAACUGUAUCCGCUUCAGUAGAGGAUCUGCGCACACCGACCAAGGGCACGCAGACGCAGACGCCUCAGUUGCAAACGCGCAAAACUCAAACACCGGAAUCGGCGCUCAAGUCUCACAAGCGUCUCGAAUGGGAUCCCGCUGCUGAUGUGGGCUAUCGCUAUGGGCGUGCUAUCUCCGCCAGUAAUAUUAGCACAUUGGAGCGUUCUGUGUUGGAGGCAGCCAUACAGCCUGCUGCGCAGUCGGAAAGGGGAGAACGACCUAAUCACUCGGAAUCCGAUUUGAAUCGGUUGCAGCAGAAGGAGCAACGAGAACAGAAGCCACAAACGCAAGCUGCCCCGCUCGCCUCCAGCACCUUUGUCCAGGGCAGUCGUAUUUACAGUCAGCCACAGACAACGUCUAUAGCGACGCCCGCGUCCACAGUUACGCCCGUGCCCAGCCAGGGUUCGCGUAGAGAGAGCUGCGCCACCUCUGCCGUGAGCAGCUUUGACUAUCAACACAAUUCACGUCCCUCGACCAGUCAGAGCAACAGCCGAAGCCGCAGUCGCAGCCGAAGCCUCAGCGCCGAGGAGCUGCUGCGGCAUGUAGAGCAGCAGCGUCAAGAGCGGGAAUAUGCAGCGCAGCUGGAGCAGGUGCUGUGCAAGCGUCGGCAAACGAAUAAGGAGAAGAGGGAAAACAAGGAGAACAAACACAGCAAGGAGAACAAGGAGAACCAACAGCCACAGCCACAGCCACAGUCACAGCAGCAGCAGCACAGCCAAUCGAGCUGCUACUCCUCGAGCACCUCUAGCUCGCCCGCUAAAUGCGAUGUAGAUCUGGGUAUCGAUUUGCUCUGCUCGCUGGUUCACAAGCGCAGUCUUAGCUAUGGCCAAAAGAAGCAACUCAUCCGGGAUAUAGCCAAGCGGUUAGCCUGCCUCGAUCUGGUGGCCAGCAGCAGCAGCAGCAUCAACAGUCGAGCGGACAGCAAGCGAAGUCAGCACAAGGAGGCGCUUCUCAAAGAGAAGCAGAGAAUGGAUAAAUCUAUGGCUGAAUGUGCAGAUACGUUGCGCCAAAGCCAGAACCGUAGCAAGGAUAUUGCCACCAAUACAAGUGAAAUCAAUUUGCCGAAGCUCGAAGUGCCUGCAACGACUUCAGCUGCUGCACCUAUUCUUAUUGCAGUUCCUACUGCUACGACAACUGCAACGCCUACUCCAGUCUCUGUGGUUGUUCCCGUGCCGGCGCCUCGCACUCGCCUGGCCGCGCCAAUGCAUUCCCCAAAUCCCUGCAGCUAUACAUCCACUAGUAGCGGCGCCUCCAAUGAGCUGGUCACGCAAAAGACAAACAUUCAAAUGAAAUACACCGACGAAGCUGUCGCUGAGCAGGCAGCCAUGCAGGAGUGGUUGAAUCCUAUGACUCAGAGCGAGAUUGAGUACGAGGAGAAGCGACAGCAACGCGUCCACCUGGACACAGAGCGACGCACGCAGCUUAAUUGGAUCGAUUCGGAAAUCCUGCGCCUACGCACGCUGCAGAAUCUAUUAACCAACGCUGCCAGGGGCGUGAUCCCAACCACAACUGGGACCAAGAGUGUGUCUAUACCCAUUCAGCUGGAGGAAGGCAAUGGUCAAAUGCCCAAUGCACUGAAUCAAUUGAAGGCUGUGGAUUCAGCGGAACCAACAGCAGCACCACCUGCCACGCCCAUUUUAACGCCUCCCUUAAUCCUUGUCGGUGCAGCGGCUGCACCGCCUCCGCCGCCGCCACCUCCGCCGCCGCCUGCUCGUGUGUCUUCCACCAAGCAGCUACAGCUACCGCGCAGCAAGAUGGCCACACCCUCUGCGCUUAGCCAGCAGUCGGGCAGCAGCGAAAGCGUCUGCUCCUUUGUCCAGCAGCGACGGCGCCAGUUCAUGGCCCACUAUCAAAAUCAGCAGCAGCAACGCCUCGAGCAACAACAGCAGCAGCAGCAACAGCAGCUUUUUAUGCGACAGCAGCAACAGCAGCAGCAUCAAGUCAUCUAUCGACAGCAGCAACAUCAUCAUGCCACAUGCCACAUGCAUCAAUGCACGCAUCAGAUGCAGCUGAAACCAUGCCAACAAUGUCAGCAACAACAUCAAGGACAACAACAACAUCAGCAAAAGCAAUACCAAAAACAAAUUGAAGAACAACAACAACACCAAUAUAUGGAAAUGCAAUACGCUCAGACUGUUGGCAAUGUCUAUGGCUGCCUGGAUGAGGGUGCCACCUACUAUCACGUGGUCAACUCACUUAAUGCGCCCUGUCCCGUGCGCAAAUCGACAGCAACAGCAACAGCAACGGCGGGAGCGACAGCAGCAGCAGCAACAACUGCUGGAACUAGCAACUGCACGACUAAGAGCUCCACCUCGUCCAUGCUGUGCAUCAGCUCGGAGAUGUCUAUACCGCUGAGCCUGGCGAAUACAUGUGAGGCGACAACGACAACAACAACCACAACAACGCAUCAGUAUGACGAUGUGGCUUGCCACCAGCAGAUGCAGCUACGCCAGUGUCGAAGCCAAACGCAGCGAGGCUACAGUUCCAGCGAGCAGAGCCGAAAGCAGCCGAAGGUGGAGCAGCGGCCAUGCCAGCAUACGAUUCAAGUGCGACCUCGUAGCAUUGCCUACGUCAUACAAUUCAGCUCGAAAGAGGACUCCGGUCAAAUACUGCCGGAGACACUGUCCUUGCAAGAUUAUCUGCAACGUGCUCGUCCGCUCUUCUGCGCCCAGUCCAAGCAGCGCAAGGCGAUUCUCAAUGAGAUGCAGCUGCUGCGCAAUGCGCGGCGCAAAGAACUCGAGCAGCUCAUCGAGUGUGGCAGUAUUGAGUCGCUGGACAAGCGACUGCAGCAGCUGCCACCGCCUGUCACCUCUCGCGUUCGCAUCUUUUCCACGCGCGAGAUGAAGGCGUUGACCAGCAAACGCUGCGAGAACCUGCCCGAGGUUAUUGCUGCCCAAAAUCGCGAAUGCGAGGAGCGUCGUCGUCGCAGCAAUCGCAUACUGCGUGACGUCUUCAAUCGGCGUUUGCAGCGUCGCGUGCGCCGUGGCAAGCUCACUCUCAAUCACAGCCGCACCGUCAUCUAGUGACAGUGAAAGAAACGCAUUCAGCCAGUGCCAGUUACAAAAUAUAGAUAAAACUCAGCCAUAUAUAAUGAUCCCAUUGUUUCGAUCGAAAAGUAGUUUUAUAUGCAUGUUGAAGCCUC